GGACUAGAAAAAAAGAGCCCAUGUCCCAAUAUAUAAAAAUGGAAUGAAACCAUAAUAGUAAGUAGAUAGAGGGAUUAUUGCUCCACGACACCAUCUUUCUCUUCAUGAAAGUGAAGAAUCAGUGAAACCCAGUGUAUGUUCUUCAUCUUCCCUCUCUUCUCUUUUCAGUUUAUUAUUGAUUCAUUCAUUAGAGUGGAAGAUUUGUGCAUAUUCAAAGUAAAUAAAAUUGAGUGUUAUUAUUAUUAUUAUUUGUUUGGAAUUAUAUACAUCCCAUCUAGUGCUUGUUCAAUCAAUUUAGUGGAGACCCAGAAUCUUGAAUUUUGAUUUAUCAUUUUAUGACAUAGAAAAGGAGCUAAAAAAUAUUGUAUCAAACAAAACAUUGCUAUAUGUACAUACAGUUAGUUACUCUACCCUGAUCUAUCCAAGUUUCUUGAAUUCAUGGCUGCCCUACUGAAUUCUGUGCCUCCUAUAACAAACUCAUGUUCAGAAAAUGCAAGAAAAUCUUGUGGGUUCUUUUCCCACAUACCAAAUCUUCAUUCAUUUUCACUCAACAAGGGUUUUUCUAGAGUUUUGGCAUCUACCCAGAUGACCAUUUCUCCAAAGGACACUAUUUUCACACUACCCAAUUGGAGGUCUGCCAAGAAUGACCCUAGAACCAAGGAUCUCAGACUCAAUGAUGCAUUUUUGUAUUUGGAAUAUAUGGUGGGGAAGGGCCAUAGACCUGAUGUUGCACAUGCAACUCAGCUGUUGUAUGAUCUUUGUAAGUUGAAUAAACUCCGGAAAGCGACUAGAGUUUUGGAAAUGAUGGCUAGCUCCGGUAGCAUACCGGAUGCUGCCUCGUAUACUUUCUUGGUGAACCAUUUGUGUAAAAGGGGGAAUGUUGGGCAUGCAAUGCAAUUAGUUGAGAAAAUGGAAGAAUUUGGAUAUCCAACCAAUACUGUUACUUACAAUUCUCUUGUUAAGGGGCUUUGUAUGCGCGGAAACUUGAACCAGAGCUUACAGUUUUUGGAAAGACUGAUACAAAAAGGGCUGGUCCCGAAUGUGUUCACCUACUCGUUCUUGCUAGAAGCUGCUUAUAAAGAAAGGGGAGUAAAUGAAGCGAUGAGGCUCUUGGAUGAGAUAAUUGCCAAAGGUGGGAAGCCAAAUUUGGUUAGCUACAAUGUUCUGUUAACCGGAAUGUGCAAGGAAGGUAGAAUUGAUGAGGCCAUCCGGUUCUUUAGGAAUUUGCCGUCAAAGGGGUUUGAUCCAAAUGUUGUGAGCUAUAAUAUUUUGUUGAGGAGCUUGUGUUAUGAGGGACGCUGGGAAGAGGUGAAUGAGCUUCUUGCUGAAAUGGUAGGUGAAACUUGUUCCCCAUCCAUGGUUACCUACAAUAUAUUAAUUGGAUCACUCGCACAUCAUGGCCAAAUUGAUCAAGCUUUUGAGGUGCUGGAUGAAAUGUGGAAUGGAGAUUUCAAGCCCACCACUCCAACCUACAACCCAAUUAUUGCUCAACUCUGCAAAGAGAAGAACAUUGAUGCUGUUGUUAGUUGUCUUGACCAAAUGAUUUACCGGCACUGUCAUCCUAAUGAGGGAACGUAUAAUGCCAUUGCUGUGCUUUGCAAGGAGGGGAAAGUGCAAGAAGCUUUCUCCUUAAUACAAAGCUUGAGCAAUAAACAGAACUCCUCGAUGCAUGACUUUUACAAAGGAGUGAUUUCAAGCUUGUGUAGGAAAGGGAACACAUUCCCGGCAUUUCAGCUAUUAUAUGAAAUGACCAAGUAUGGAUUUACUCCCGACUCAUAUACCUAUUCUUCUUUGAUCAGAGGGUUGUGCAUGGAGGGAAUGUUGGAUGGGGCCAUGGAAAUUUUCAGGAUAAUGGAGGAAAAUAACUACAGGCCUGAUAUUGAUAAUUAUAAUGCUCUUAUACUUGGCUUUUGCAAGUCUCAAAGAACAGAUUUGUCCUUGGAGAUCUUUGAGAUGAUGAUUGAGAAGGGUCAUGUGCCUAACGAGACAACUUACACCAUCAUAGUAGAAGGGAUUUUCCACGAAGAAGAAAAGGAGCUGGCAGCAGUAGUUUUGAAGGAGUUGCAGUUGAGACAAGUCAUGAGUCGGAAUACAGUGGAAAGGCUUGUUAUGCAAUAUGACAUUGAAGGGUUAUCGGUUUAGAAACCAUUUGCAAUCAAAAGAAAAACAUAACCUAAACAUAGAGAAACCAAAUAGGACCACAGAUUCGUGAUUCAUACGACUUGCAUCAAUGGGAGCAAGAUUUUGGCUUAUCAGGUCGAGAGCUUGGUCCAGUUAUGAUUCUAUCGAGUACAAAUGGAGGAUUUGGGGAUACUCAACAUUCUGAAGGUGGCAAAAGGACAAGUUCAAUUUUGUGAUGUUGGGUUCAUUCUCGUGGUAAAGUGGCAUCAUUUUGUUGCUACUCUUCUUUGGAAUCAUGAAACACACUCGUUUCCUACUUCAUGUUGUUUAAAUAUUAUUGUCUCUAGUUUUAUUUAUCUUGAUGUUGCGAGUUUGAUCUUUCACUAUAAAUACAAAAAGAAGGUUCAAAGAGUUUACUGCA